GCUUGCCAUUCCUGCCUACUCCAACCUUGUUAGCUCUACCCAGUUCUCUGCCAGUCUAUUUUUUACCAAUCCAAAUUCUGGAUCAGGCUUCUUCUCACGCAUUGUCUCAUUGCUCUGUGGUUUGGGGUGAGUCCCAGUCCAAGAUAGGAACGACAAAAUCAAGACUGACCGUCCAGAAAUGUGGAGAUUUUUUUAUUUUCAACAUUGUCUUUCGGGAGCUUGGAAGAAAGAGGAGAUAAUGCAGUUUUUCAUUUCAAUUUUGUGACUCUUGGAUUACCCAUGGUAUAUUUUCACAAUAAAAGACCAAAGAUAACCACUCCUGCUGUGUACUUCAGUAUUCUUAAUCCACCGGGAGGUUGCCGGGUGCCAUUCAGCAACAGACUCCAAUACCAACUGGGAUAUGUAGAAAAACUACUCCAGGUCAGAAUGGUCUUCUCUUCUUGAUGGCUUGGGCCCAACGCGUCACUUGUCCAACUUUGGACUAAAGGCCUCCAGUGUCCUGAGGGAGACAGUCUCAUUAACAAAGACACUCUUACGCUGUUUACCAUAAACUCUCCACUUUGGUAUCUGAAGCAAUUAAAUAGCUGUGGAAUAAAAUGACAAAUCACAGUGACCCACGCUGUCUGCACAACCUCUCCUACCACCCACGAUGGCAACACAACUCCAUAAAAGUCAAGAGAAAAAGACAUUUACGGACAGUAGUCACUAACAGUUUUAAUGGGUGCAGUGAGUUUGACUCAUUAUCAAUAUCACCACUGUCUUCAAGAUCAUCUAAACCACAGUUGUCACCAUCCACCACACAGUGCACCAGAAGUUGGUGGGAGAACUGGUUUCUUCUGUUCUUACUUAUGUUCUCAUUUCUCCCCUGUCAAACAUGGGCAACCACUUUCAAAGUGGCUCUGGUUGGUCCUUGGACGUGUGACCUAUUAUACUCUAAAGCUCUCCCUGACUUAGCAGCCCGCCUCGCCACCUCGCGCAUAAACAAGGACCCCUACCUCAACAAAGGCUACUGGUAUGACUACACGCUAAUCAAUGAGGACUGCAAGUCAUCUCGUGCCCUUGCUCGUUUUGGUGAUCUGGAGGGUUAUGGUUCUGCUUUCCUGGGCCCAGCCAACCCAGCUUACUGUUCUGCAGCUGCUUUGUACACAAAAGAGUGGGAUGUUGGGAUGCUCUCCUGGAGUUGCCUCAAGCCCAACAUGAAAAAAGGAAAGAUGUAUCCUACCUUCCUUAGGCCGCUGCCACUGUCCUCCCAUGUACUUUUUACUGUGUUGCGGUACUUUCGUUGGGCCCAUGUGGCCAUAAUCUCCGAGGACACAGACAUUUGGGAAGCAACAGGGAAGGAGCUGGCCUCUUCACUGAGAGCCCUUGGCCUCCCUGUCACCCCUGUUGUGACCAUGGAGAGCGUCAAGGAAGGACCUCGCAAGGCUCUAAUGAAAGUACGCGAAACAGACCGGGUCAGAGUGAUAAUCAUGUGCAUGCCCUCUGUCCUGAUUGGUGGCCAAGCCCAGUACCAACUUUUGACAACAGCCUUGACCAUGCGUAUGAUUGACCGUGGCUACGUGUUCAUUCCCUAUGACACCCUUCUGUAUUCACUACCGUACAAAGACACAUCCUACUACCAGCUAGGUAAUGAUACCAAGCUGCGGAAAGCCUAUGAUGGGGUUCUGACCAUAACUAUGGAUUCUGGAGAGCGCAAUUUCUACGAGGCCUUCAAAGAUGCCCAGGACAGCUAUGAAAUACGCAGCAACACUCCACCAGAGCAGGUUUCUCCAUUCUUUGGCACCAUCUAUAACAUGUUAUACUAUACGGCAAUGGCUGUUGAGCAGGCCCGCGCCAGCAGCGGCCGCUGGGUAACUGGAGAGAUCCUGGGCGAAAGUGAGGGUGGCUUUGAAUUUGAAGGCUUCAAUCAGCACUUGGGGGCUGGCAAGAAUGAUGAAGGCAUGCAGGCUAGCUAUGUAGUCCUGGACUACAGCGGAAUGGGCAACUCGAUGUACUCAACUCAUUCUCUUCAGGCUGCACAUACAGAUGGCAAGACUGGAGGCUUGAAAUAUCUUGGCCGUUCGAUCCAUUUUGCAGGCAGCACUCCCUACAAAGACUCAAGUUGCUGGUUUAGCCCGUAUUUUGCCUGUAGUGGAGGCAUAGAUUCAGUCACGUUAUUCUUUCUUCUGCUUGUGUUCACUGCAUUAUGUGGAAGUGGACUGGGUGUCUUCAUUCAAUUCAAGAAAAGUGGUAGAGUUGGCUUCAGCUUUGGAGGGGGUGGUGGUAAUGGUGGGUCGUCAAAGGUAGUCCUGACCCUCGAUGAUCUGAUUUUCAUCAAUACUCAAGUCAGCAAACGGAAGCUAAAUGAUGAUAGCAUCAUGAAAAGCCAGGCGGAUAUGAAGACACCUCACCACUCGGUGUCGGGUCGCAGCUACUUAGCUUCUACACCAGACAGCUCAAAUGUCGCUGUGUUUGAGGGUGACUGGGUUUGGCUGAAGAAGUGUCCAAAUGGAUCAGUAUCAAGUGUCAAUAGCAACACUGAGGAUUUCUUUGUCAAGCUGAGAGACAUGAGGCAUGAAAACCUCAAUCUGUUCCUGGGGCUGUUUUUAGACUCUGGGAUCUUUGGUGUGGUGACCGAACACUGCUCCAGGGGAAGCUUGGAGGAUUUGCUCAGCAAUGAUGAAGUGCGUCUUGAUUGGAUGUUCAAGUCUUCCUUGUUAAUGGAUUUGAUCCGGGGAAUGAAAUACCUACACAAUCGUGAUAUCACCCACGGGCGACUCAAGUCCCGGAACUGUGUGGUAGAUGGACGCUUUGUGCUGAAGUUGACAGAUUAUGCUUUCAAUGACAUCUUGAUUGCACAGAACAUUGACAUGGGCGAGGAAAAGCCAGAGGAUUUGUACUGGACUGCUCCUGAGCUGCUGCGGAGUUCCAGUCUGAGGAAGAAGGGCACUUUCUCCGGGGAUGUCUACAGUUUUGCCAUCAUUGUGCAGGAGGUUAUCUCUCGCUCACCACCUUACUGCAUGAUGGACAUGCCUGCAAAGGAGAUCAUCAGCAAGAUCAGAGAUCCUCCUCCUUUGUGUCGACCUGUCGUGUCAGUGGACGAGGCCCCGCUGGAUGUGAUACAGGUUAUGAAACAGGCCUGGAGUGAAGAGGCAGAGAAGAGGCCAACCUUUGAGGAGAUCUUUAAGCAGUUCAAAAACAUCACCAAGGGAAAGAAGACCAAUAUCAUCGAUUCUAUGCUGAGGAUGUUGGAACAGUACUCCUCCAACUUGGAGGAUCUGAUCAGAGAGAGAACGGAGGAGUUGGAGGUGGAGAGACAGAAAACUGACAAGCUGGUGGCUCAGAUGUUGCCCAAGUCUGUGGCCCAGGCACUGAAGACGGGCAAGCCUGUGAAACCGGAGCAUUUCAGUGAGGUCACGCUGUACUUUAGUGACAUUGUGGGUUUCACCACCAUCUCAGCUCUCAGCGAGCCUAUCGAGGUGGUCGACUUACUCAAUGACCUGUACACGUGCUUUGAUGCUAUCAUUGGUCUGCAUGAUGUCUACAAGGUGGAAACUAUUGGAGACGCCUACAUGGUAGCCUCAGGAGUCCCCACCAGGAACGGCAACCGACACGCAGCUGAAAUGGCCAACAUGUCUCUUGACAUCCUUCACUGCAUUGGGACGUUCAAAAUGAGGCACAUGCCUGAGUUAAAAGUCAGGAUCCGUAUCGGCCUGCACUCUGGCCCAGUGGUAGCAGGAGUAGUCGGCCUUACGAUGCCUCGGUACUGCCUGUUUGGAGACACUGUCAACACAGCAUCUCGAAUGGAGUCCACAGGGUUGCCUUACAGAAUCCAUGUCAACCAAAGCACAGUUGAUAUCCUGAAUAGCCUAAAGCUUGGAUACAAAAUCGAUGUCAGAGGCAUGACAGAGUUAAAGGGAAAAGGUAUUGAGAACACUUAUUGGUUGGUGGGGAAGGAAGAUUUCGACAAGCCUCUGCCUAUUCCUCCAGACAUCCACGGGGGAAGCAAUCAUGGAAUCAGUUUAGAGGAGAUACCUCCAGACAGAAGACAAAAGUUCCUGGAUCGACAAAAGAAGAUGAACUAACCUGUGGUUUGUCACGGAUGUCCAAGAUUACUGAUGUCCAUUACCGUAACAGACAAAUAUAGACACAUGUGAAUGAAAAGAAGAAUACACAAUACAGAAUACAGAAACUUGGGAAUUCACACUUUUAUGGGUUCACAGAAAUCAUUUCUAGACUCAAAUAUUUGUUCUUGCAUAUUAUCAUUUACUUCAUAGGUUUAGCACAUCGAUGCCACAAUAAACCCAGGGCUCCAAGAUGCAAAAAUGUGCCAGGCAACUGUCCACACUGUGCCUGUGCAUCAGUUGUUUUUAUAAGAGUAGAGGGACACUGCUUAACAUGCAUACUAAGGUUGAAUUACAGCUCAGAAAUGUAUUGGUUUUUAUUGGAUCACAGUGUCACAUGUAGUGAUGGUGUGCUCCAUGUACUCUAUGUAUUUGUGCUUUCUAAAGAUAUCGACACCCCAGUGGUGGGUACUAGUGCUGCUUUUCAUCUGUUUCUCUACUAGAUUCACUUUAGAAGCAUUAAUAACAGCACAGCAUGAACAGAUGUGUACAUUUUAUAGUCAAUUUUCAACUAGAAAGCCCCAGACAGGUCGGUCAGGCUUUGGAGCUCAAAUCAGGGAUAGCUUUUGUGGCAACGGUACUUUUCACACAUUUAAUGAAUAUUAUCCAAAAACUGUCAGUAUGUUGAAGCAUCAAGUCUGUUUAUUUAACAUUUCAUUCAUUUGUUAAUAGUGGUGUUUCUCGUCACUGGCUCUUUUAACGUGUUAUUCCAUGAAAAGUCGGUGGACUUUAUCGCUUUUUUAAACUUACUCUUUCAGUUAUUACAUAAAAGAAUGUGCUCUAAAAUAUAGUUUUCAGUCCUGUUUUAAUGAUAAAAAUACAGACUGAAAAUUCACCCUGGGCAAAAAUCAUCUCCAAAGCUGGGAAACCUUUAAUGAUGAAUAAUUCUCAGAAAAGUCCAUGUGUCUAACAUCAUAUUGUUAAUUGUCAUGUCCGUGCUUCUCUCUCUUAUGGUGUUAUGAUACUACAUACAGCGUGCAUGGCUGAAUGUGCUGUGGGUUCAACAUGAUCUUAACAGGACAGCAACAGAAAGACCCUCCUUAGUACAGUAGGUCUGUCACUUAUGCACAAAGCGCUGGAGCUAACUGACUGAGAUGAUCAUCUCCAAUUACGUGCUUCAGCAGAUUGAGCCUUUUCAUGUGUAUCGCCAUCUUGUGUCAGCCAAUAACUUCUGUUUGGAUCAACAAUCAGCUGCUUAAUCUGAAGGCCCACUGAGAAUAAGUGUUCACCUCCGUCCUAAUUGUAUGGAUCAUAAGGGGGAAGCAUACAAAUAAAAAAGAGGAGGUCUUAGUCUCUCCUAUUCGGCUUGGUGAAGUGUAUAUAGUGUACAUUUGUACAUAUGACUUAAUCUGUAUCCUGUAGGGUUAGGGAGUUGUUUUUUUCUGCAUGGUUCCUAAACCCCCCCUGACACAAAAUGAGAUCUCAACAAAACAUGAGGUUUUAAUUACAGUACAUUCAAAAAGCAACAAGUCACAUUGUCCCCUCACUUGACUGGCUAAUUGUCUGCCACCGAAGCAAAGGCAAACAUUUCCUUCGCAGCUUGCUGCUGACCACGUUUGAACAUAAACUCACAGUAGCUCAGUGAAUAAAGCAAUAAAAAUGAAGACAUCUGACGACUUGAUUAUCAGGUUGCUCGAGGUGUAGUUUUUAGCAGCAGUGCUGUUUUCUCAACCAUAACUGAACCCCCGAAAGAAGAAGAAAUGCCGUGCUCUGAAUCAAGGUUUUUUUUUUUUUAUGGAUGUGGAUGGGCUAAAGAACAAAAUGAGUAAUUCAGUUGUAUAGAUGAGACCUGCUUUUCUAGAUUUUUAAUCUGUUUGCCAAAUAGAUACAUAUCGUCAAAACUGACCAAACUGUCCAUUUUUGAAAGUGAUCUCAAUGUGUUUCUGUAAAUAAAUUAUGGUUUUAGUGAA